GGGGAAAGGAGAGAGAGUGAGUUGCGUCUGGCCAAGCGAAGAGAUCAGAACUGGAGGCGAUCUCCGGCGAGCUGCAACAGCUGGACUCGACAUCUGCACUUCUUCCAGCGCAGGGCAGCAGCCCAGGUUUCCAGGUUUAUAGAGAGCAGAAAUGACCAUGACUGCCAACAAGAUUGCCAGUGUCACCAAGAGAGCUGGAGGAAGUAAAGUGCCUCGGGAUAGUCUCGAUCGGUGUCAGUCAGUCUCCCCACCGCCUCUUCUAUACCAACCAAGAAGCCCAACAUAUCCCCUCAGCGACAGUGAGGACUCCUGCCGCUCCAGCAGUUUCACCAAAGUUUCCAGCUCUAGGGUGCUCCUCAAGGACCGGACUAACUGUGGAGUUGCCUUGAGAAGCACCUCCAGUUCUCCCUCAGACACUGAAUCUCCAAAUCACCCCCUCAAAGCUGUCAGCAUUGGCUGCUUGGACAAAAGGCUCUCCCUUUUCCAGACUGAAGACCAAAAGGAGGCCCCCAAGGAGACUCAGGAUGGAGAAGCUGUAGGCAGCCGCCAGCUUACACGGAGCACUCUCUCCUUGGGGUCUGCAGCGAACCUCCGGAACCUCUCCCUCAGCAGGGUCAGUGUCCAUUCCCAAGCACUUGAUAUCAGGCAGAAGAUAUCAGAAUGGGAGUGUCGGAAAGAGCCUUCCCCUAGGAUGAGCGUAUGCUUGGACAAGAGGGAUGUUGGGGACAGGUCAGGCAGUGAGACUUGCCCUAGUAUGUUGCCUUCUCCCUGCAGCGAGAAGACUUUUGACUACAAAGGGUUCCGGAGGAUGAGCAGAACGUUUUCCGAAUGCUCCUACCCAGAAACGGAGGAGGAGGAGUUCCUGGACAGAGAUUCCUGCCAUAGGUUUGAAAAAAGGCCGAGUAGGAGCGAGUCGGCAAAUGCUUUCUUCAAGGGGAACGCAAGAAAAGAGAGUUCUGCUGUGCUGAACAGAAUACAGAAGAUUGAGCAGGCUUUAAAAGAACAGCCAGGCAGGGGUCUCCCUCAGUUGCCCAGUAGCUGCUAUAGUGUUGACAGAGGAAGAAAAAAGUCUGUGACUUCGGGUAUUGUGGAGGACUUGAAUGAGAACACAAAUGAUAGUAAAGCAGGGAGUGUUAUUUGUGGGAGUAGUCCAGAGACACCCACUGAGACUGAUAAAACUAGUAAAAUGCCACAAGGACUCAAUGCCACAGUUAGUCCUGUUGGUCCUAAGCUGCUUCCUGAGAACUUGGCGAACACAGCGGUAAACCCUGUGCCCAAGCCCAAACGCACCUUCGAGUAUGAAGCUGACAAGAACCAUAAAAGUAAACCAAGCAAUGGCCUACCUCCUUCACCUCUGGCUGCUGUUCCUCCCCCUCUUCCAUCAACUCCUGCUCCCCCUGUCACCCGGAGACAGAAAAAAGAGUCACGUUUCCAUAGAAAAUCCCAAAAUAGAAAAUCUUUUGAGUUUGAAGAUGCUUCAAGCCUCCAGUCCUUGUACCCUCCCUCCCCAAGUGAGAAUGGAACUGAAAGCCAGCACAAGUUUGGAUCUAAGAGCACUUUAGAAGAGAAUGCCUACGAAGACAUUGUAGGAGAUUCACCCAAGGAAAAUCCGUACGAGGAUGUGGAGCUGAAAGCCCGUAAUGCAGGCCGAAAAUCCCAGCAGUUCUCAGAAAGUUCCCUAGAUACUUUGCACAGGAUGUGGACUCCGCAGGACAGGAAGUACACAACACCUCCACAGCUACCUUCAAAGCCCAGCAGCCAGUCACUAAGAAUCGGGAACUGGUCAGAAAGGAGAAGCCAUCGUGUACCACGGUUACCCAAGAGACACAGUCAUGAUGACAUGCUGCUGCUGGCCCAGCUUGGCAUUCCCUCCUCUCCAUCCAGCCUGAAUGAAGACAGUUUGAGUACUACCAGCGAACUUCUUUCCACACGCAGAGCCCGGAGGGUGCCAAAGCUUGUACAAAGGAUCAAUUCUAUCUAUAGUGCAAAGAGAGGGAAAAAAAGAUUGAAGAAGCUUUCGAUGUCCAAUAUUGAAACAGCAUCACUGAGAGAUGAAAAUAGUGAGAGUGAGAGUGAUUCAGAUGACAGGUUUAAAGCUCACACCCAGCGCCUUGUCCACAUCCAGUCAAUGCUGAAGAGAGCUCCUAGUUACCGGACUUUGGAACUGGAGCUGAUUGAAUGGCAGGAACGUGAAUUGUUUGAGUAUUUUGUGGUAGUUUCUCUUAAGAAGAAGCCCUCUAAAAAUACUUACCUCCCUGAAGUCACAUAUCAGUUUCCAAAGCUAGAAAGACCCACGAAGCAAGUUCGCGAAGCAGAAGAACGUCUCAAGGCCAUCCCACAGUUCUGCUUCCCAGAUGCCAAGGACUGGAACCCAGUGUCAGAAUACAACAGUGAAACGUUCUCUUUCAUGCUGACGGGAGAAGAUGGCAGCAGAAGGUUUGGUUACUGCAGAAGAUUACUACCAAGUGGAAAAGGUCCACGCCUACCUGAAGUAUAUUGUGUGAUCAGCCGCCUGGGUUGCUUUGACUUAUUUUCCAAGAUACUGGAUGAAGUUGAAAGGAGAAGAGGAAUAUCUGCUGCCCUGGUUUAUCCAUUUAUGAGAAGUCUGAUGGAGUCUCCUUUUCCUGCACCUGGAAAGACAAUCAAAGUCAAGACUUUCCUGCCUGGAGCUGGAAAUGAGGUGAUAGAACUCCGAAGGCCAAUGGACUCUCGCCUGGAACAUGUGGACUUUGAGUGUCUUUUCAAGUGUCUGAGUAUACGGCAAAUCAUCAGAAUCUUUGCCUCCCUCCUUUUGGAACGUCGAGUGAUCUUCAUAGCAGAUAAACUCAGCACCUUGUCCAGCUGCUCUCAUGCGGUGGUGGCUUUGCUGUACCCCUUCUCCUGGCAACACACAUUCAUUCCUGUCCUGCCUUCUUCCAUGAUUGACAUUGUCUGCUGCCCUACUCCGUUUCUGGUUGGAUUGCUUUCCAACUCACUGCCUAAACUAAAGGAGCUACCGGUAGAAGAGGCUUUGAUGGUGAACCUUGGAUCUGAUCGUUUCAUCAGACAGAUGGAUGAUGAAGACACACUUUUGCCUAGGAAAUUGCAAGCAGCUCUGGAGCAGGCUCUAGAGAGGAAGAGUGAUUUAAUAAACCAAGAUUCAGACAGCGAAUCAGAUGAGGAGUGUAAUACCCUGAAUGGAUUAGUAUCAGAAGUGUUCAUCCGUUUCUUUGUGGAGACGAUCGGACACUAUUCCCUUUUCCUCACUCCAAAUGAAAAGGCCGAGCGAGUCUUCCAGAGAGAGGCUUUCCGCAAAUCUGUGGCUUCAAAGAGCAUCCGCCGUUUCCUAGAGGUCUUUAUGGAAUCUCAGAUGUUUGCUGGUUUUAUCCAAGAUAGAGAACUCCGAAAAUGCAGGGCAAAAGGUCUCUUUGAACAGAGGGUUGAACAGUAUUUGGAAGAGCUUCCAGACACUGAACAAAGUGGAGUAAAUAAGUUUCUGCGAGGCCUUGGAAAUAAAAUGAGGUUCCUUCACAAGAAGAAUUAAUUCAUUUCUACUGAAAUAUGGAUCCAAAGACUAUUUAUGAUGCCGGCACAGAUCACCACCUCCCCC